CGCCGGCCUGACUUCUCGCCUCUCCAACCUCCAGGUUUGCUGCCUGCUGCAAAAGGCGAGGCAAUGGCCCCCAUCUCGCGCGAGAGCUGACGCGCCGGCCGCUUAACUUGUGUGGAGCUCAGCUUUCAUCAAACGCGCCUUAUACUGCUCUGUGUGCGCCGAAAAGGUACCAGUACCAUGGCGGCGACAUACAUGCCACAGGUGCAUCGAUCAUGGGUGCAUCAGGCCCACACGGCGACCAGGGCGGCGUCUCGGUCGCCGUCACCGGAUCCAGACGGCAAAGACAAGAGAGAGGACAUUCUCAGCGCCGAGCAAGGUAUGAACAGCAGACUCGCGGUAGACAUGCAGGAACAGGACUUCCUGCGACACAUGAACAGAGGAGAUCAUUUACCAUCUCGCGGUGCACAUGCAGAACAGGCUCGAGUCAUGCGCAACAUGUACGGCUAUGCGCCCAUUGGCUCCAUGUAUGACGCCCAGGAGCUCAGCAGCGAGGAAGAAAAGUGGGAUGCCAAGAGAGUCAAAGUAGCCAACUUUGGCAAGCGACAUUUCAUUAAAUUCGGCAACACUCGCACACUGCAAGAGGAGGAAAAUUCUAUCGAAGAGGAUGCAGCGCACCGCCAGGGCCUGGCAGACGAUUCUACCGCGUCAGACGCCGAGGGUGGCCCAGGGGUCUUCAUUGGUGGCCAUACGGGUCAUGCAGCAGCAAAUCUUGCCGCUCAAAGGCGGGCUCAAGCUGACGCGACUGCGAGAGGGGAGCAAGCAAACCAGCCCACCGCAGCGGUCGUCACUGCCGAGAGGGGAGGUGCCGCUGCAGCGGGGCUUGCUUCACCGCCUGCUGCUGAAGCGCUGACGGAGGGCGAUCGGACCUUCCCCGAUGACGACUCCUUUGAGCAGCGGGACAUGGAUGCAGACAUCGAAGAUCUCGAUGCUGAAUGAAUGUAGGUCUCAAAUGCAUGUACUAGUAUAAGUCAUAUCCAC